AUGACGCACACCCUUCUGUUUCUUCAGAUGCUCCUGGCGCUGGUUCUUCCACCGACGUUCGUAGCAGAAGAGUCCGAUGGCAGCGACAACGAGUGGGGGAUUUGUUUCCCGAAGCACGGACCGACACCAGCACCUGCACCGUGUACCUCGCCAAAUCUGGACACAUCACCGCACUUCACCUGGCAACCGGGGACAGCCCCGGCUGAACAGUGCCUACAAAAGGAGCUCUCGCUGACCGGCCAGUUGGGGCACGUCACCGUCGAGCAAGCAAUGACGCACACCCUUCUGUUUCUUCAGGUUAGUUACCUCGACAAUGCACGAUGUUUUCGCACUAGCGACCACUGUUUGAUUAUGGUGUCGUGCCAUAACGACGACUUUCGCCACUACUUAAGAUUGCUUUCCCGCUUUUGUAUCGAGUGCUGUUACAUUGCUUCGCUCUCGCAAAUGUUUUUGGUAAUGUCGGGAGACGUUGAAUCAAACCCAGGCCCAAAUACCGAAGCUAUUGCUAAUAUUCUAUCUACUGUUCAGCGAAUUGAGGCUACUCAGGGCGACAUGCUGGCUAAGGUUAUGGCUCUCCAAAAUGAACAAAAAAGUACGAGUGCUUUGGUAGGUCAGCUGUCAGCGAGAGUAACUGCUAUUGAGGCGGAACUGGCCAAGGCAAAAGCUGUGUCAGGCGCUGCACCAAAGGCCGGCAUGUCGGCUGAGAUAGCUAACAUUCAAAAACAAUGUGAUGACCACCAAAACCGACUUCGACGGUGUAAUCUGUUAUUUUUUGGCUGCCCUGACGCUCUGAACGAAACUUGGAGUCAAUCAGAAAAAAUUGUACUUGCUUUCUGCUCAGAAAAACUGGGCAUCCAGCUGGACCCCUCCAAUCUAGAACGGUCGCACCGCUUAGGUAAAUUUGAUGAUGGCAAGAACAGACCUAUAAUCGUCAAAUUUUCUCGUUUUAAGGACAAAGAGAGUAUAUUGGCUUCCGGGUUUAAGCUGAAAGGAAGCAAUUUUUCUGUCCGCGACGAUUUUUCCGCUUCAGUGCGGCAAUCUCGAGCCAAACUUUUUGAGUACGGAAAGAGCCUUAACGUAUCUUUUAAGGUGCACUUUGAUAAAUUACACAUCGGUAACAAACGCAAUUUCUUUGAUCAAGAUUCACAGUCUGUUGUCGAG